UGUGGUUCCUUUCGGUUUCGGCCAGACAAAUUAUCACCCGCUCAAAUCCGCCAUGUCUAUCGGCUUCGAAGGAAGAGCGACUUCCAUUCUCUUCUCCGAUGAGGCCUCUGGCUCUUCCUCGUCUUCUCACUUUCUCUUUCCCUUCACAGUGCUCCCUGCGAUCAAAAUCUCGCCUGAAAAGCCCUGGCUUUUCCGUUUUAUCUUCCCCAAUUCAAUCGCAAGCGACUGAAGCAACGAAUACGGAUUUGAAAUCCGAAUACAAGCCCGGCAUCUUCGAUAACUUGUUUCUCGCUUUGUUCAGGAACAAAAUGGUGCAGGUCAGUUGGAUUUUCAAUGCACAUAUCGCUACGAAAAUGGUUCUGAUUGUGCUUUUAUUCCUGAUGCCGACGGUGCUCUACUCUUCAUGCCUUUUAAGUAAUUACUGUAUGAGUCAUGUUGGACCUUUUAAUGUGAUUAAAAUGCUUUAUUUGCCAAGGGCUACGCAGGAGGUUGGAUGGGAUUCUGAGAAGCCUGGUUACGAUGGAUUAAUUGAAGUUGCAAACCGUCUCAUGAUGAAUGGUCGAAGCAAUGCUGAAACUGCGGAAGCGGCGGUCAGGAUAUUAAGAUCACUGUUUCCUCCCUUUCUAUUAGAACUUUUUAAAAUGCUUAUAGCACCUAUAGAUGGUGGAAAAGUAGCUUCCAUGAUGGUUGCCAGGGUAACUGCGCUGUCUUGUCAAUGGUUGAUGGGAUCAUGCACAGUUAACUCUGUUGAUCUUCCUGAUGGAUCGUCUUGCACAACUGGGGUCUUUGUAGAAAGAUGCAAAUACUUGGAAGAAAGCAAAUGCAUCGGAAUUUGUAUCAAUACAUGUAAGCUGCCAACCCAGGCUUUCUUCAAGGAUUACAUGGGUGUCCCUUUAUUAAUGGAGCCAAACUUCAGUGAUUACAGCUGUCAGUUCAAGUUUGGGGUCAGCCCUCCACUGCCUACAGAGGAUAAGACCCUCAAGGAGCCCUGCUUGGACAUAUGCCCAAAUGCCACUCGACGUAGACAAAUUCUCGAAAAAUGCGAGACUGUGCAAUGUCCCAAAGUAUAAAGCUGUAAUCCCUGUCUUGAACCUGAAGGUAAUUAAAGCCUUGUGUAUUUACGAGUAUCACAAACAUUGUAUAUUGAGGUAAUUAAAGCCUUGUGUAUUUUGUAUUAAUUAUAUAAAAUUGUCCCUUACAUCACAGAAACAAAUGAAAACUAACUCAAGACAAAUUUGCAAAGGAUGGAAAUUGCUGAAUGAAAAGGAAACUUAUGGGUUCAAGUUGUGAGUAAUAAAUAUUUGCUGAGAAAAAAUUUUUGACAAAAAAGAAUCAAAUUUUGGACUGAUAGGUGGUCAGAUGAGGAACCCUAAGAUUAAUUUAGACCUCCGAGUUAGUGAAGUCAUCAAUCAACAUAACAGAACUUGGAGGGAAGACUAUUAAAAAUUUAGUUCCUCUGAGUGCGUAGGAGAAAAUAAAAACUCUAUUUAUUCCUUCUAGGGUUUAUGAUGACAAACUCAUCUGAAAGCCUAACCCAAGUGGAAAAUUUUCAAUCAAAUCUGCCUAUAGUGAGGCUUGUCUGAUGCAUGGGAACUCUUCUAGGAUGACAAGGAAAUCAACAAUGUAUGGAGCUUGAAAAUUGCUCCUAAGAUUAAAAUCUUCUUGUAUCUUUUGCUGAACAACAAACUUCCCUCUAAGAUGUCCCUUCGGGAUAGAGGAUUUGAUAUAGAUGGCAACUGUAGCUAUUGUGGUGAAGAGGAGGAUGUCAAUCAUAUCUUCACAAAGUGCCAUUUUAUUAAACAAAUAUGGCUCAUCACGAGAGACUCCAUUCCGGUACCUCUUGAGAAUAACAACUCUGUUCUUGAUUGGUGGAUUUCUUUGGAUUGCAACACUAGAAGGGAUACAAAGGUACCAUUACUAAAAGAAAAGUUUGCUAUUUUACUUUGGCAUAUUUGGAAGAAUCGCAAUAACACAGUUUUCAACAAGAUUAUGCCUCCUCCUAUAAUCAUUGAUAGAGCUCGGAACUCCUUUAUUGAGUUAGUUUUGAGUUUUGAUAGUGAUACAAAGAAUGAUUAAAGUGUAUCCCAGUCAUGUGGAUAAGUCCAAAAAUGGAUGAAAUCAAAAUUAAUUUUGAUGCUUCUUGCAUCAACAACCGAUGCUCUACAGCUUGUGUGGCCAGAAAUCACCAGGGUCAGGUUUUGGACUUCAAAACAUACGGAAUUGGUUGUAUGACUAUUAAUCUUUCUGAAGCUUGAAUUGCUUGGGAAGCCUACAAUCUUGCUCCAACUUCAAUGGCAAAUUUAUCAUCAUUGAAGAGGAUUUUAAGUUGGUUCUCAACAGUUUGAAGAACCAUGUGGACCCUCCAUGGAGACUAAGAAUGACAAUUGAAGGAUGCAGGUCUUUGAUCAAGAGGAUUGAUGGUGAGGUCGCGUAUUGUCACACCUAACGGAAGGCAAUCGUGUAGUUGAUUGGCUUGCGAAUUUUGCUCAUUCCAAUGAUGUUUCUUUCCCUUCUCUUCCCAGUUCUUUAAGAGAUAUUUAUUGUGCUGAUAUUUGGGGAUGUGCUACCCCCCGGUCUUGUAUAACCGUACUUGUUUUAUCAAGAAAAAAAUUGCAGAAUAACCCAGAAAGCUAGAUUGGACAUCAUAUUCGGGGUGGCGGAAAUAGACACUCAUCCCAUUGUCCCAUUCAUACUCAAACCUGUUCAACUGUUAAAGUAGUUGGGUAAAGAUUGAUUUAGGUUUUAAUUAUGGUAUCUAUUUUCUCAACUCUCAUAAUGAUUUCUGAACGGCUUAAUUAUCUGGGCAAGUAUUACCCUCUAGCUACCUAGAUAAGUAACUU